ACCAAUCACGAAGCAGUGCCCCUUUGUUCUAACCUUAAGCUCCUUGGAGACUCAAGGGCUCCAAAGACCCAUUUGUCUUUAACGGCUGCCGAGGGGAGGAGUCUGAGAGGAGGUGGAUCCCGCGACAUUUUCAAGGUAGAGGUAGAGCCUAAACCAAACCGGAUCUUCCCUGACCCCCCAAAAUACUUGGACUUGAGUGGUUACCAGCUACCCUCGUCAUGAGUGGAGAUUAUGAUUACUUGUUUAAGGUGCUGCUGAUUGGAGAUUCAGGUGUGGGCAAAUCCUGCCUGCUACUUCGCUUUGCGGAUGACACCUACAGUGACAGCUAUGUUAGUACCAUUGGUGUGGACUUUAAGAUCAGAACAAUCCAAUUAGAUGGCAAGAUUGUGAAACUGCAGAUUUGGGAUACUGCGGGACAGGAGAGAUUCCGUACCAUUACCUCGAGCUACUACCAUGGGGCCCAUGGUAUUAUCUUGGUGUAUGAUGUGAGUGAUCCCAAGUCCUAUGCCAACGUGAAGCAAUGGCUGAUUGAGGUGGAGCGCCAUGCGAACAGAAACACUAACAAGCUGCUAGUGGGCAACAAGAGUGACCUUGUUACCAAGAAUAUGGUGGACCGCACCAUAGCCAAAGAGUUCGCUGACUCCAUAGGCAUCCCCUUUCUAGAAACCAGCGCCAAAAACUCCAUUAAUGUGGAUGAAGUCUUCCUCACCAUGGCCUCUGUGAUCAAGAAACGCAUUAAAGCUUUACCCGUUUCCACCAGCGACUUCCCCAUCAUCACGUUCAACAGCUCUCCUGUGAAGUCUGCGUCUGGGAGUUGUUGCUAAGAGGCCCAGCUGGGGAUGGGGGGGGGGAGGGGAGGUUCUACAUGGUGGCCAAGAGAUCAUCAUCUUUCCUCUGAAGCAAGACGAGACAUUCCCAAUAUUCCUCAAAUCCACAUCACUCUUCACUCCAUCAAAUAGCAUUUAGUUCAGUGAGUCUCCCCCACUCUCUCCCAUGGCUUUUGGCUAAAUUUGUGCUCAAAGGACCCCCAGAAGAGACUUUUCUGUUUAAUGAUUCAUUUUACUUUAACUGAAUGCUAUUCAAUAAAAAUGCAGUAAUAU